AUGCGCCCUUUCUCGACUCUCCCUGUGAGGGGACAACUUGAGCCAUAUACGCCUGACUCGAGGCCAGGCUGGAGAUAUUUGCAGUGCACGGACACCCCCAAUGAAUUGAAGGUUCUACUACCGCCCCGGACUGCCACCUUAUACGCUCGGAUACUCGAACUUGAGCAGGAUGAGCUCGCCUUCCUCGCGCGCGACCCCAAUCACAGCUGGGAGCGCAUCAUGCAGAUCCGGCAUCUUAAGGACCGAAUGGAACGCAAAUGCCAUCGCAUGGCCCGCUUCACCGUCCCCCAGUUCGGCGCCCAGUCGCCAUUCCGCGUUGUGAAUGCCCCCACCGAUUUCCGCCUCAAAGAGCUCGAGCGCUGGCUGCGCGAGAACGACUCGCACCAUCGCCUAACGCGUGACGUACUCAAGGGUCGUAUGGCUGCCGACGGCUCGAUUGUGCCGUCCACCCGUUCUCGCGGCUCUGUUACCAGUGCCAGCCCGGAGACACAUUCGUCAGUUAUAUCCCUCCGAACGCCACGCUCAGGAGCGUCGAAACGCCUGUCCAUCGCCUCUUCAUCCCAGGCUAGCACUGCACCUACCGUACCAGAUAAGACACCGAAAUACGUGCCUUCGUUUCUCUCGCCCGUCGCGGAAGAGAACACAGUGGGGACCCCGACGCCGGUUCAGACGAGCAUGGUUUUGCCGGACGUCUUCGUCCCUGCAAGCGUCCCCCACGUCACCGCGGACUCGUCAGCGCCCGCAUACCAUCCCUCGCCAUCGAUGCCCAUGCCCGAGGUCCCUCCGAUGCCCCACAGUCCUCGGCACCCUCUAGCGAACGCCCAAAUGCCACUACUGGACCCGUUCUCUGCGCCCAUGCCAAUGCCAGAUACACUUGGCGUACCCGACACAUCGACGCGCCCGAAUGUCGUCUCGCCCGACCCGCUCCCCCAUCCGUACACCGAGUCGAGCGGGUACAUUCAACCUUCCGGUACACUCGACAAUCUGAGCCUCAUGGACGAGCCACACGACCGUGCGCGCCACCCGCCUGACAUGGGCAUGCCACACCCCGUUACCGAGAUGCCGGUGCCAGAACCUGCUGGAGGGCCCCCACCAGCACCCGAGAGCGUCUUCACGGAGUCUGAGGUCGGUAGCACCGCGCCUUCCGGACGCCCAGGACUCCCGCGUCGCCGCAGCAGCUUGAAGCAGAAUAGCCGCUUCAGUCUCGGUGGCGCUGCCAAGGUCGUAUCAUGGGCUAUGGACAACGACUGGGCAGAGCAUAUAGGGACAUACGAGCGUAUCGCGUACGGCGCUGAGAUGGCGGGCGAGGACCUGAACAAGGCUCGUCAGCUGUUCGAGGGCGAGCUCGUGGGUGUGAGGAACAUGAGGGAGAAUAUUGCGUUGAGUCUUGAGAGGUUGAGGUUGGAGACGGAGCAGCUGAAGUUGGAAGAGAGGGCGUUGAAAGACCAUGAGGAGAGUAUGACGUCUAGCUUCAAGCAGUUGAGGGACAGGGAGGCCGUGUACAAGGAGAAGGUGCAAGCCCUCAUUGAAGAGACAAGACGCGUCGUUCUCGCUGCGGACAAUAAGCGGGAUCAUCAAGUAUUGACCUGA